AUGUUGAUGGAGAGAGAUGGAGUCUAUUUUGUUUUACCUCGCCUAGAUCACGCGGUCACAGUGGAUAUGCGAACGAUAUCGUUUGAUAUAGCGCCGCAAGAGAUUCUUACCAAAGAUUCAGUGACGAUCAUGGUGGAUGGCGUCGUUUAUUACCGGGGCGAAGUGAACGCCUCACGGGCUCUGCAAAAGGCCGCCGCGAUCAUCUGCGAGAACCCCGCCGCCCUCCAGCUCCGCUACCUGCAAACGCUGACCACCAUCGCCGCCGAGAAGAAUUCCACCAUCAUCUUCCCUCUCCCUCUGGAGAUCUUGCAUGGUUUUGCCUCCCCCAAGUAG